AUGACGGCCACCGAGCCCCCCUCCGAUAAUGACUAUGGCCUCUUUGCGGGAGCCGACUCCGAGACCGAGCUUGAAAUGGAGGAAGAGGAUUCUGAUGCUGGUGAUGCCGGUGACGAAAACACGGCUACUAUUGUCUUUCCUAACAUACCUUCUAUACCCGGCUACUCUACCGCAUUAAGUGAAACUGCUGUUACUGCUGUUCCCACAUCUAACAAUUCUAGCACUAUAGCGUUCUCAGCCGGUCAAAGCAAAGUCUACAUCGACGACAUGUUUGUUGCGGGGCAAUAA